UUAUCUAUGAACUGUAGAACCUGACUUUGGUUGUGAACGUUUUGGUGUUUUCGUUGGCUAAAUGUAUCUGAUUUUGUUAAUGUGUUUGGAAGUUUGUCCAUAGUCGUAUUAAAUGAUGGCGGAAAUAGUGAAUGCUGAAAUGUGGAGAAAUUGGGAUAGACAAGGCAAAUCAGACUUACUCAAGAUAUGCAAGCAGGCACUGAAGGAGGGUACCACCUCCGUCGGGCUCAAUUCUGUGCUGUCGCGGGUGAUCUACGAGCUCAUCUGGCACGGCAUCAAGGGCCCGCUGCGGAGGGACGUGACCAUCGCCGCGCUGGGAGACCUGGCUGUUCUUCACAGCGAAAUGCCAUCGCUGAUAUUAGACAUUUUCAGCGUGAUUGACGCAGAAACAUCGAGUUCAGAGGGGCACUCGGAUGAUCGGUCCAGGUUUUGUUUCAUCGCCAAGGAAUGUGAAAAGUUUUUGUCGGAAAAGCUGCUUAAAGAACGACUAGAGAUUGACACUCUGCAGGACUGUGGAACAUUGAAGAAUAAAGGCUUUUACACCAAGUUCAUCAAAGUGAAGACUAAACUUUACUACAAGCAACGGAAGUUCAACCUGUUUCGCGAGGAGAGUGAAGGUUAUGCCAAGUUAAUUACUGAGCUUAACCAAGAAAUAUCAGACAAUGUCACAGUCCAGAACAUUUUGGAAAUCAUCAAGUCACUGAUUGGGUGCUUCAACCUGGAUCCCAACCGGGUGCUGGACAUAAUCCUGGAGUCUUUCGAGUACCGCCUGGACCAGCACCAGUUCUUCAUCCCGCUGCUGCAGUCGUACAUGCCCGACCCCAAGAUCCUGUGCGAGGUGCUGGGCUUCAAGUUCUGCUUCUACCAGAGCUCUGCUGACGAGACCACGCCCGCCUCACUCUUCUCCGUCACCGCGCUCAUGCUGCAGCACGACAUCAUCGCCCUCGAUGACAUCUACGGCUGGCUUACACCGGAUGACAAAGUCAUUAUCAAAGAGUGGGAGAAGGAGGUGAAGGAAGCAAAAGACUACGUGAGGAAGAUGAAUGUGAUCUCGACCAAGGACAAGGAGAAGGACGAGGCGGGGGAAGAGAAGGAGGGUGUAAAGGAAAAUCUGGUGCAGAACCAGAAGCUGGGUCUGUGCGAGGCGCUGCUGCGGGUGGGGGACUGGCGCCACACGGAGCAGAUGGCCAGGAAGCUGCCGGAGCACUGCGUGCUGUCGCAGCCGCCCGUGGCUCGCGCCCUCUGCCGACUGCUGCACUCCAUCCUCGAGCCCGUCUAUCGCAGGACGUGCACGCUGGCACCAGAGCUAAGGGGCACGCCUGCUCCACCCCUGAACUCUUCGCUAGCACCUCCCCAGGCCAAUACCUUUGAGGAUGUCAAGGAGCAUGCCAUGCCCAUGUUGGUGACCCUGGGAUCGUCCAUGCACCACGACCCUAUCCUCAUGCACAAAGUGCUGCGCCUUGGUCGUGCCGCACUCACUCAGAAGGGCGGGGCGGACGGGCAGCCGGUGCGGCCGGCGGACAGCUGCCUGUACUACGAGGUGUUGACGUUGCUGGACGAGGUGAUCCUGCCCUCGCUGUCCUUCAUGGACUGCAACUGCUGUGUGGCGGAGGAGGUGUGGAACCUGCUCAAGCUCUACCCGUACCAGCAGAGGUACUGCCUGUACAGCCGGUGGAAGAACGACACGUGCCAGAGCAAUGCAAAGCUGAUGCGCAAGCGCGCAGACGCUCUCAAGAAGAUAAAAUCGCUGAUGAAGCGCGUGAGCAAGGAAAACAUCAAGCCGGUCGGCCGGCUGCUCGGGAAACUGACCCACUCCUCGCCAGGCUGUGUCUUCGACUACAUGCUCCUGCAGAUCCAGAUCUACGACAACCUGAUCAACCCGGUGGUGGACUCGCUCAAGUACCUGACCAGCCUGUCGUACGACGUGCUGGGCUACUGCUUGGUCGAGUCCCUGGCGUCGGCCGACCGCGAGCGCGUCAAGCACGACGGCACGUCCAUCUCCCUGUGGCUGCAGAGCCUGGCCGCCUUCUGCGGCGCCAUCUUCAAGAAGUACAACGUGGAGCUGACGGGCCUUCUGCAGUAUGUCGCCAACCAGCUCAAGGCCCAGAGGAGCCUGGACCUGCUGAUCCUGAAGGAGAUCGUGCAGAAGAUGGCGGGAAUCGAGGCCGCGGAGGAGAUGACGGCGGAGCAGCUGGAGGCCCUGGCAGGGGGCGAGCUACUCAAGGGCGAGGCGGGGUACUUCAGCCAGGUGCGCAACACGAAGAAGCCGUCCCAGCGGCUGAAGGAGACGCUGGGGGAGCACGACCUGGCGGUGGCGCUGUGCCUGCUCAUGGCCCAGCAGCGGUACUGCACCGUCUACAAGGAGACGGACCAGAGCCACCUCAAGCUGGUCGGCAAGCUCUACGACCAGUGCCAAGACACGUUGGUGCAGUUUGGAACGUUCCUGAUGUCUGCAAUGUCUAUGGAGGAAUACGUCUCCAAGUUCCCGUCCAUACAGAAGAUACUGUCCGAGUACCACAUUCACCCAGAUGUGGCCUUCUUCCUGGCUCGGCCCGCCUUCACGCAUGCCAUCAAUGCGCGCUACGAGAUCCUGCGCAAGGCGGACCCCGGCAGCAAGAAGCUGUCCCUGACGGCCAAGCACCAGAAGUACUGGGAGGCGGCCCGGGAGGUGAUGGACCCGGUGGUGGGUCUGGUGCGGCCGCUGCACCCCGCCAAGGUGUGGGAGGACAUCUCGCCCCAGUUCUUCGUCACCUUCUGGUCGCUCACCAUGUACGACCUGUUCGUGCCGGUCGACAGCUACGCCCGCGAGGUCAACAAGCUCAAGGCACUCUCUCUGCAGGCCAUGGAGUCCAAGGACAUGGCAGGCAGCAAAGGCAAGAAGGAGCAGGAGAAGCACACCCUGCUGAUGGAGAAGCUGCAGGAGGAGCGGAAGAAGCAGCAGGAGCACGUGGAGCGCGUGCUGGCUCGCCUCAAGCAGGAGAAGGAUUCGUGGUUCCUGUCGCGCUCGGCCAAGGCAGCGAAGAACGAAACCAUCACGCAGUUCCUGCAGCUCUGCAUCUUCCCACGCUGCACCUUCACCGCUGCUGAUGCCAUUUACUGCGCAAAGUUUGUGCUUACCAUCCACAGCCUCAAGACGGCCAACUUCUCCACCCUCCUCUGCUACGAUCGGUUGUUCUGCGACAUCACCUACUCAGUUACGUCGUGCACGGAGAAUGAAGCGAACCGCUACGGCAGGUUCCUGUGCGCAAUGCUGGAGACGGUGAUGCGUUGGCACGCGGAGAAGGCCACAUUUGAGAAGGAGUGCGCCAACUACCCGGGCUUUGUGACCAAGUUCCGGGUGUGCAACCACUUCUCCGAGGCCAACGACCACGUGGGCUACGAGAACUACCGCCACGUGUGCCACAAGUGGCACUACAAGAUCACCAAGGCCAUGGUGAUGUGCCUCGACUCCAAGGACUACGUGCAGAUCCGCAAUGCCCUCAUCAUCCUGAUCAAGAUCCUGCCCCACUUCCCGGUGCUCAGCAAGCUCAGCCAGAUCAUUGAGCGCAAGAUUGAGAAGGUGAAGGAGGAGGAGAAGAACCAGCGCCAGGACCUGUACAUCCUGGCCACCAGCUACAUCGGCCAGCUCAAGAGCAAGGCCACCGCCAUGAUCAAGGAGAAUGACUUCCACCAAGUCAGCGAGAAGCCCUCCAAGUCUGAAACAGCCUCCAUUGCUUCGAAGCAGGACGUGAACAUGGCUGUCUUGCAACAGUUGCCAGUGAAGCAAGUGAAUGGUGACAUUAAGCCAGGAGCAGAAAAGGAGCGAGCGGCAGAAAAGGGGUCCAGCGAGAAGAAGGACGCGACGCUGCGUGAGGCCAAGGAGCCGAGGAGUGAGAAGAGGAGCGCUGCGCGACAGAACGACACGCUGCCUCCCAAGAUGGCUGCCGUUGGAGCUGCUGCGCUCCCAGAGACCAAGCGAGACAACACUCCAGGGCGGGCCGGCUCGUCCCCGACACGGCCCGGCAAGGACAAGGCGGACCGAGAGAAGACCAAGGACAAGGACUACGAGGCGAAGGAGAAGGCGUCGAAGAAGGAGGACGGAGGGGAGCGGGAGAAGCGCUCCAAGGACAGGAAGGAGGAGAAGGCCGCGGCGAGGGAGGAGCGGCUGGCGGCGAGGGAGGAGCGACUGGCGGCGAGGGAGGAGCGUGAGCGAGCCGCGGUGCGAGAGUCGUCACAGCGGGAGGAGCGGUCGUCGCAGCGGGAGGAGCGGUCAUCGCAGCGGGACGACAGGAGCUACCGGGAGGAGCGCUACCUGGAGCUGCCGGUGCCGGCGCUGAAGGACGAGACCCGCUACAGCAGCUACUACGGCAGCGCGGAGCGGGAGCGCGAGCGCGGCCACUACUACCGGGAGGAGCGCGACCUCAGCAGCCUGUCCAACAGCAGCUCAGGCUCGGUCCACGUCCGGCCCCAGGAGCCGCCCGAGCCAGACAGAGAUGUCAAGCGACGGAAGCUGGACGGUGCAACUUCCUCGAAGCAGAGCGCCAAGGUAGAGGAGCGCAAGGAGCAGCCGGCGGGCGGGCCCAGCGACAAGCCGGAGAAGAAGGAGCGCUCGUCCAAGGGCAAGGAGAAGGGUCAGCGCGACAAGGGCGUCACGGACGAAGAGAAGGAGCUACGGAGAGAGCGCAAGUUGGGCAGGAAGAGGGACAGGACGGAAGAAGCGUUGUUCGCGGCCGAACAGAAGCGACGUAAAGAAGAAGAGAAAGCGGCUCUCAAGAUGAGCCACCAGAACGGAGAGCCGGUUGAUGCCCACAUAGCCCGGGAGAAGCACCACUAUCGGGAGAAGUCCCCGUACCUGCGUGAGAGAGAGCGCUCGCACGACCGCGAGGGACGAGACAAGCAUCGACGCUCCAGCGAGGGGAAGCGCAGGUGAUGACGUGCAGCGAGUCUCGCCGCGCGGACGCUGCAUCGUGCUGCGCUCGUCCGCUCGACCGCGAGCGGCCGACCUUUCAACUGAUUAUAUUUUUAGUAUUAAAUGUGAAUGUAAUGUUUCCGCAAACUUUUAUUUGUGUGAAGUAAGUUUUUUUUUUUAAAUGCAGUUACAGCUGCAAGCUGAAGGGGUUAUUUAUUAGUUUUUUUUGUUUUAAUUAUAUCCGUUCCUGUCAGAAACACCUGAGAAGCAUUUUACAUGAAAAAUUUUUAUGUUUUUCUUUACCUCUUUUUUUUCCCCCUCUUCUACAGAAAUCUAGCUGUGUGUUGAAAUAGAUUGAAAUUACACUGUUAGUGUGAAAUAAGUGUCCUCAAACAUGGCAGGAGACUUACAGAUAUUUUGUAAAGACCUUGAUAAGAAUAUUGAAUUAAAAUUUUUUUUAAAUAUGAUGAUAAAAGUGAUUUAUGGAAAGACCAAGGACUGUAUUCUAAUGUGAUUUUCGGUUCCAGAAAAAAGAUCUCAAAAUGUGAAAAUUCAUUGUCAUCUGUACGUUGUUUUUUCCUUGCUGUAUUAUUAACAUAUUUCUUUUGCAAACAAUUAACGUGCUCGAAGAUUAGUUUUCCAGAAUAGCAGUAAAAUCGUUAUUUGUUAAGGAAUGGUUCUGUUCACAAGCCUCAAGCUUUGGUCUCUGGAUGUGUAUGUAUUGAGUAAUUUAGCUCAUUAAAUAAUCUACACUGACCUCUAAGACACAAUGACUUGUUAAGUAAUGGAAUUAUUUAAAUUACUUCUAACAUAUAGAAUUUAGUAUCAUAUUUCUUAAAGAAAACUAUGACAUAUUUGGAUUAUUUACAAGAACAGGUUCCACAGAAAAGACUUGGUCAAAGAAAAUUGUGUAAUAUUAUAAAUUGCUAUGUUAUAAAUUUUACAAGUGAAAGACACUUGUAGUUCCAUGGUAUCAUCUUAUUAAGUUAUUAACUUUAAAGCUGGUAGCAUCCUUGACUUUUUUUUUUAAUUCUUUAAGUAAGCUUACUUAUCAAAUAAAGUUUUUAAUUUUUCAACCACUGUCAUAUGUUGCCAAAACUUUGACAAAACUUCAUGUUCCUUUUGUAAACUAGAUACUUGUAAAAAUAUAAAUGCUCUAACUCGUGAAAUAAGCUGUGACCUUCAGGCUAAUUCAACUUAGGUAUUUCCUUUACUAUUUCAAAAACAUUAUGCUUAAAUUUCCACUGAUUAUAUGUUUUGUAAACAUUAUGGCCAUGGGCUUGUAAUUUCUUCUAUUAAUGCUGGAAUUACAAUAGCCCGGCGCGUGCGUCCGACGAAUAUCUAUCUGUCGCACUUCCAUUGGCCAGCACCAGAGCCUAGCUAACACAUGACUUCAUCUGUCAUCAAAACAUUUUCGCAAAUCAGUGCAGCCAACAAGCAUGGCUUAAAAGCAUAUUUAUCCGGAAAAAAACGCCAAGUUAGAGAAGUAUGAUAAACAUGGACAUUGUAAUCGGUAGUUUGAUGGAAAUUCAUUGCAUCUUUUCUCUCUCAGAGAUUUAUUUCAAUUUUGUUUAUUGUUUUGUUAUACAAGAAUUCAUGUUCCUACACGUAAUGUAUUUAAAAACCUCUGAAAAAUUCAGUCGUAAUUAAGGCCUAUGCAAAUAUUCAUAUUUUGGAAUACAAAUAAUAAACUAUUCGUAUUUGAUUUGACCUCGAAUACUAACACUUCAAAAAAAACAAAUAUUCAUUUCCUUACGAAUAUUUGACACAGAAUACCUCAUGAAUUUGUUGACUACCAUUGUUCAUUGUUGAGGUUAAGUAAUUUGUGCGAUAUAAAUACCCCCCUUUUUUAUGUCUUAAUGGCUCAUCAUUAUCAAAACAUGAACAAUACGUAACUUUUUAAAAAUGCAACAGGUAUUCAAUUUUUUUUUUCCACUGCUGUCUCACUAAACAGUAAUGAAAAAAUUGUGUGAACGAUUAAAAAAAGUCAUAUUUAUCAAUUCAACCUUGAAAACAAAAUAUUAUUUGUAUUUGAUUCAUCACAACCAUGGACUUGAACACCACAAAACAUGGACACACUGUUGUGUGGUGGCCCUUAAAAGAAGUAAACGUAAUUCUUUCAAAGGCGUAUAAAUCAAUAGUUAUAAUCGAUAUAACACCAUGUGACACAGUAGCAGCUUUCUUACUGUAUGUAUUUAUAAUGAAACAAAUUUUGCAGCUCAAAAAUGUAUAGUAAAAAAAGGUAAAUAAUGGUUUAAGAUUACAAAUGCAAUUAGCAGAAAUUGUGUUACCAAUAUUGCUGGACCAAAACACAGUUUACUGUGUUAACAGCUAAAACUUGAGAAUAACUAGGGUUUAAAUAUGUAAAUAUGAGCUCAUUUUAUUUGGGAAUUGAAAAUUUUUAAAUGAAUGUAUGUGUGUAUGUAUAUAUAUAUAUAUAUAUAUAUAUAUAUAUAUAUAUAU